AUGCAUGGAGAGUUCUGUAAGAUUCUCCAGCUGGUCCAGAGGAACACUCAACCAAUGCAUGGAGAGUUCUGUUCUCCUACAUGUCCAGAGGAACACUACAACCAAUGCACGGAGAGUUCUGUAAGAUUCUCCUACAUGUCCAGAGGAACACUACAACCAAUGCAUGGAGAGUUCUGUAAGAUUCUCCUACAUGUCCAGAGGAACACUACAACCAAUGCAUGGAGAGUUCUAGGAACACUACAACCAAUGCAUGGAGAGUUCUGUAAGAUUCUCCUGGUCCAGAGGAACACUCAACCAAUGCAUGGAGAGUUCUGUAAGAUUCUCCUACAUGUCCAGAGGAACACUACAACCAAUGCAUGGAGAGUUCUAGAACACUACAACCAAUGCAUGGAGAGUUCUGUAAGAUUCUCCUACAUGUCCAGAGGAACACUACAACCAAUGCAUGGAGAGUUCUGUAAGAUUCUCCUGGGUCCAGAGGAACACUACAACCAAUGCAUGGAGAGUUCUCAGUGUAUAGACAAUCCUCUGCAUAGCUUUGUGUUCUAUCAGAUACUGUUGGAGGUGAUACUUUCUUGUUUCUGCAGCAGUUUGAGUAAUAAUUAUCUUUAUAGUAUUUGGCCCAGGUGUCUCACCUCUCCUGGUCACCUCUCCUGGUCACCUCUCACCUCUCCUGGUCACCUCUCAUCUCUCCUGGUCACCUCUCACCUCUCCUGGUCACCUCUCCUGGUCAGCUCUCCUGUUCACCUCUCACCUCUCCUGGUCACCCUCUCACCUCUCCUGGUCACCUCUCACCUCUCUGGUCACUUCUCACCUCUCCUGGUCACCUCUCACCCUCCUGGUCACCUCUCCUGGUCAGCUCUCCUGGUCAGCUCUCACCUCUCCUGGUCACCUCUCACCUCUCCUGGUCACCUCUCCUGGUCACCUCUCACCUCUCCUGGUCACCUCUCACCUCUCCUGGUCACCUCUCAUCUCUCCUGGUCACCUCUCCUGGUCACCUCUCCUGGUCACCUCUCCUGGUCACCUCUCCUGGUCAACUCUCACCUCUCCUGGUCACCUCUCCUGGUCACCUCUCACCUCUCCUGGUCACCUCUCACCUCUCCUGGUCACCUCUCAUCUCUCCUGGUCACCUCUCCUGGUCACCUCUCCUGGUCAGCUCUCCUGGUCAGCUCUCACCUCUCUUGGUCACCUCUCCUGGUCAGCUCUCACCUCUCCUGGUCACCUCUCAACUCUCCUGGUCACCUCUCCUGGUCACCUCUCACCUCUCCUGGUCACCUCUCAUCUCUCCUGGUAACCUCUCACCUCUCCUGGUCACCUGUCACCUCUCCUGGUCACCUCCUGGUCACCUCUCCUGGUCACCUCUCACCUCUCCUGGUCACCUGUCACCUCUCCUGGUCACCUCUCACCUCUCCUGGUCACCUGUCACCUCUCCUGGUCACCUCUCCUGGUCACCCAUCUGUCACCCUCUCCUGGUCCUCUCCUGGUCACCUCUCCUGGUCACCUCCACCUCUCCUGGACACAUCAACCUCAGUGGAGACAGUAAAACAGUACGCGUCACCUAUCUAUCUGAUGCUGCUGUCGGCAAAAAGAGUAGGACUUCUUUGA